UUUUACAGGAAUAAAAAUUCCAUAAAAUUCUAUUAUCCAAAUUAUAUUUUAGCUAAACUAGAAUCAAGUGAAAAUGUCGUUGAUUCCUUUCAAACUUCUUGGUCAAUUUUAUGCGCGUCGGGCUGCGUUAGAAAUAUUUUUAAAUAACAAAUAACUGUGUUUGUUCUUAAUUAGCCAUUGUAGAAUCUAUUUAUGACUAGCAUCCGGCCGCCGAUAUCGCGCCCAUAAUCGCUGAUAAGGAUGAGGAGCAGCCAUGCAUGGCUUAUCUUCAUCGCCGCGCUGGGACUGGCAUUCCUGGUCACCACCGUCAUCCAAACAGAGACUGGAUAUUUGGUCCCCUCCCCACCUCUUCCCCAGAGGGUACACCGACCUCCCUCUCCACUGGCCGCGCCCCCUGCUCCAAUAACAACGCCCGGUCCCCCCAGCAGCUGGGAACAAUUCUACGCCUUUUUGGAGGAGAUACAGCCUUGCAAGAAGCUGCUGAAGGUGGGAGGUCCGAGCGGCAGUUCCUCGGACGGCUCCAAAUCUUUGUGUUUAGACGCCGGCUUUGAGCUCCAGCCUGGAGCCUGCACGGUUCUCUCCUUUGGCAUCAACAACGAGUGGAGCUUCGAUGACGCCAUGGAGCGCCGCGGCUGCACGGUGUACGCGUUCGACCCGAGCAUGGAUGUGAAGGACCACACGCGCGGCCACAACAUCCAUUUCUACCAGUUGGGCGUCAGCAACAUCCGCAAGAGGGUGAUGUUCAACACAUUGCAAGGCCAGUUGGACACGUACUCAGCGAUCCUGCGGAAGAUCAACGCAACUGAGCGGGUGAUCGAUUUCCUCAAGAUGGACGUCGAGGGCGCCGAGAUUCAGUUCUUCGAGGACGUCUUGGCUCACAACGUCAGCCUCCUGGCCAACGUCAAGCAGAUAGGCAUGGAAAUACAUCCAAAUGUGGACAUCAACAGAAGAGACCAGCUGUGGAGGUACAUGCACCAUCUGGCGGCGCUAAACUUCCAGCUGGUAUCCAUGGAACCGAACCGCUGGUCGCUCAUAGGCGGCAGGACCGGCAGGCAGACCUCCAACUCUUACGAACUCGCCUGGGUUAACCGAAAGUUCAGACUGUGAUAAACAAUUGAAUAACUCUAGUUUAAUCAUAAAUGCCUAUUGGCUAUAGAUAAAUAAAUUUGUAUUGGUUCAAAACGCUUAAUUACCAUUGUAUAAUUAUUGUUCUUUUCAGCACCAUUAUAACGUUUUAGCGGUUUGUUACAUCAAUAAAGUUAAGUUUCAGCUGUUAAGUACAUCAAUCCAAUACACGACAGGUUGCAUUGAAAUAACUUCGGUAUAUCUUAUUUAAAAGACGAACGUAACUGACACGAGGCUCAAACUAUCAAACUUGAACUGCCUUCAGUUGGUUAAUAAAGCAAACUCGAAGCAAUAACACUAUUUCACGUCAAACUUGCUUACGUGUAAAAAAAAAUUCAACUUCAUUCGUCAUUGGAAUUACUUUCAGUGAUAGGCUUAAAACUUCGAUUUUGUCUUGCUCCUCCAAAGAAGUGAUCAAAUUCAAUCAUUUACAAUAAAUAAAAUAAUUCAAAAUGAGUUGAUUAGCAUUAACGAGCUUCAUAGAAACUUGGUUAAUGGGUAUCGAGAAUAACUUCUUCACACCAACGACGAUGCUAAUUUAUUUGGCGUAGACAAUAAUUUAUUCCUAACAGAAGGCUUUUUCUCACCUUGAUAACAUUUUCUAAUUCUAGUUCUGUAUAUUUCUCAUCCUCACUGUUAUCUCAAUAACUUAAUUGCUCAUGUUGCAUUACAUAACUUCACACCUUUCACUCAAUAAUUAAUAAUUGAGAUAAGAAUAAGAAAAAUUUAAUAAAAAACGAUUGCCUAUUUAUUCACCCCAAUGAAUAAACUUUCUUAAAGCUGCUAGAAAGCAAAGAGUUCAUUGAGUCUGUUUCCUUUCAGUAUCAAUGUGUUUUUUACUCACAUAGUUUCAUGAAUAAUGUUUAAAUUUUUUAAUAGCAAAACCAUCGUAAAAUGAUUACAUUUAUGCUUGUUCUUCAAUGCAAAGUACAAAACGCUUUAUUAUUGUAAUGAAAUAUAAAUCUGAUUCUGCAAUCGCACAAGUGAAGACGAAUCCAAGUUUGUACAGAAUUAAAAGUAUUUAUUUAUAACGUACUCAGAAUUUAUAAGGCUAUAUGCUGAUAGAGAUGUAUUACUUUUUAUGAACAUUUUACGAGUGAAAAGUACAGAUUCAAUCGCUUAAUUGUACAAUCCUGGAAGCUGGCCUGGGAUAAACAAUGCUGGCAUUUGCAGGCUUCGCAACUGACAGGAUUAAACAGCGUUUACAACUUUUAAUUUCUGAUCAUUUGAAGCAUAUAAGCGUCAAUGAAAGUGUACUGCCCUUUCUGCCAGCUACUAGUACUGCUAUAUUGAUUAUGGUCGAGACUUAAAUCCACAAGUGUUCUGUUUUAAUCUUGUUCAUAAUAAAAUUGUUUCUGCUGUUAGCAAUUCGAGCUAUGUGAAUAAAAUAAAACCUUGAAUGAAGGGAAAAUAAUGUAA